AUGGAGGAUGCAGUGCAAUGUGAUGGGUGUAAACGACACUUGUGUUUUACUUGUAGUGGACUUACUAGCAGUGAAAUCAAAGUAAUGGGCCUAAAAACCAAACGUACAAUGCUGUUCCUAUGCAAACCAUGUCGCGAGGGGCUGUUUCAAGUACCGAUUUUAAUAAAAGCUGUUGAUGCAUUGCGGGAUGAAGUACAGCAGUUGCGAUUGGAACUGGCAUCGAAAUCUGGCCUAACUGAUGCCACUUCUGCUUCAAAAACCGUCACGUCCGAUGUUAUAGCGGAAAUACGUGAGCGGGAGCGCCGAGCGUGCAAUAUUUUGAUCGCGGGCACCAAGGAAUCUGAGGCGGAAGAUGUGCAAAUACGCCAGAAACAUGAUGAAAAUGUGGUGAACAAUAUUAUUAGAAAUCUAAACGACGAAAUAUCCCCAAGUGAUGUGCUUAAAAUUAUAAGGCUAGGAAAAAGAGAAACAGGCAAGACUCGUUUGCUCAAAGUAGUGUUUAAGUCUCGCUGGGUAGCUGUCAAGGCACUUCAAAACAAUUAG